ACCUAACUUCGGUUCGGCCGCCAGGGUCGAGGGAACGCCAUUGUGAUCUCUAACGACUUGUCAAGUGUGUCGGAGUAAUCGGUGAUUUUCCGUUCCAUCACAGUUACACCACCGUUUUACUUGCAAAGACAGAACCAUGGCUCAAGACCAAGAAAUGCCAUCAUUCAAAUGCGUGCUGGUAGGUGACGGCGGCACCGGCAAAACCACCUUCGUUAAGCGCCAUUUGACCGGUGAAUUCGAGAAAAAGUAUGUGGCCACUUUGGGCGUCGAGGUGCACCCUCUCGUCUUUCAUACAAAUAGGGGCGCCAUCAGAUUCAACGUGUGGGACACAGCUGGACAAGAGAAGUUUGGGGGCCUCCGCGAUGGUUACUACAUCCAGGGGCAGUGUGCCAUCAUUAUGUUCGAUGUCACAUCGAGGGUGACGUACAAGAACGUGCCGAACUGGCACAGGGAUUUAGUCAGGGUCUGCGAAAACAUUCCGAUCGUACUUUGCGGCAACAAGGUCGAUAUCAAGGACAGAAAAGUUAAGGCCAAAAGCAUCGUGUUCCACAGGAAGAAGAAUCUCCAGUAUUAUGACAUUUCUGCCAAGUCCAACUACAACUUUGAAAAACCAUUCUUGUGGCUGGCAAGGAAGUUGAUUGGAGAUCCCAAUUUGGAAUUGGUGGCAGCUCCAGCUCUUGUACCCCCAGAAGUUCAAAUGGAUCCACACUGGCAACAACAAAUUGAAAAGGAUCUGAAGGAGGCCCAGGAAACAGCUUUGCCUGAAGAUGAUGAGGAUUUAUAAGACUGUGUCCAGUGCAUUUAAUUUAUAGUUGUGUAUGAACAUGGUAUAACAGUGGCUAAGAGUACAUUUUUCUUGUUUAGGAAUUUGUGUCUUGCAUGUGAAAUUUGAUAUUUUAAAUUGUUUUGUAUAAUUAGACUCAUCCAUUAUAAUGUAUUAUAAAUAAAUUCAAUGUUUACUAAUAAUUUAUUUAAAUCUGUUUCUGUUAAUAAAUAACUAAUUUUAUUAGUAUUUUAUAAGUUAGACUUGUGUAAAAACGGUUUUACCAUCAACAUUGAAAAUUUAGCCACUGUAUUUUAAGAUAAUUCUAGAAACUUUCCAUAACACUAUUUUUUUAUUAAAACGCUUGGACAAUGUUGCCAGAUAUGUUUAAUAAUGUUUUUUAAGUAUCAAUAAAUAAUAUUUUCCAAAUUGUC